AUGGGUGACAAGUACGCAACUCUGCGGCGGGCUCAGCUGCGUCUGGAUUUCAUCCACGCCAAUUCCACCACGCACAGUUUCCUUUUUGGAGCGUUAGCCGAAUUGCUGGACAAUGCAAGAGAUGCAGGGGCUGCAAGACUUGAUGUAUUUUCAGUGGAUAAUGAAAAACUGCAGGGUGGAUUCAUGUUGUGCUUCCUGGAUGAUGGAUGUGGUAUGAAUCCUGAGGAAGCUUCAGAAAUCAUUUACUUUGGAACAUCCAAGAAACGGUCAUCAGCCUUGAAGUUUAUUGGGCAAUAUGGUAAUGGUCUCAAAAGUGGAUCCAUGAGGAUUGGGAAAGACUUUAUUCUUUUUACCAAGAAGGAAGAAACGAUGACCUGCGUGUUUUUUUCUCAGACAUUCUGUGAAAGAGAAGGUCUUACUGAGGUUGUGGUUCCAAUACCUUCGUGGUUAACAAGAACCAGAAAAUCUGUCACAGAUGAUCCUCAAAAAUUAUCAACGGAAUUGUCUAUAAUUUUUAAGUACUCUCCAUUUAGAAAUGAAGCUGAACUGAUGCAGCAGUUUGAUGUGAUCUAUGGGAAAUGUGGUACUUUGCUGGUUAUUUAUAACUUGAAGCUUCUGCUUAGCGGAGAACCAGAGUUGGAUAUUAAGACCGACAAGGAAGAUAUACUAAUGGCUGGAGCUCUUGAGGAUUUUCCAGAGAGAUGGUCAUUCAGAGCCUACACAUCUGUUCUGUAUUUUGAACCUUGGAUGAGAAUAUUCAUUCAAGCCAAAAGAGUUAAAACAAAACAUCUAUGUUACUGCCUCUACAGACCCAGAAAGUAUCUGUAUGUCUCGUCUUCUUUUAAAGGCGCAUUUAAAAAUGAAGUUAAGAAGGCAGAAGAAGCUGUCAAAAUUGCUGAACUCAUAUUGAAGGAGGCACAAAUCACAGUAAACCAGCCUGACAGGACUUCUUUGUCUUCUGCCGAGGACAUAUUACAGAAAGCUUUGGAAGAUGUAGAAGCAAAGCGUAAGAUUCUUAAAGAGAAACAGAGAGAAUUAAAAAAAGCAAGGACACUCUGCUUGUUCUUUGGCGUGAACAUAGAAAAUCGAAGCCAAGCUGGGAUGUUCAUUUACAGCAAUAACCGCCUGAUCAAAAUGCAUGAGAAAGUGGGUCCACAGUUGAAACUGAAGUCCUUACUUGGUGCAGGUGUGGUUGGAAUUGUUAAUAUACCCUUGGAGAUCAUGGAGCCAUCCCAUAAUAAGCAGGAAUUUCUCAAUGUCCGAGAGUAUAAUCAUCUUCUAAGAGUCAUGGGACAGUACUUAGUCCAGUACUGUAAGGACACUGGGAUCAGUAAUAGAAAUCUAACAUUGUUUUGGAAUGAAUUUGGAUACCAGAAUGACAAGGACAAGGAGAAAUCUUUAGAUUCUGUUCAGUAUCAAAGACGACAAGCCAUGGCCAUCCCAUUCAUCAUUCAGUGUGAUCUUUGCCUUAAAUGGAGAGUCUUGCCUUCUUCUAUUACUUAUCAGGAAAAAGAGUUUUUUGACCUCUGGAUUUGUGCUAAUAAUCCUAACCUCUUGGAAAACAGUUGUCAUCAGGCUGAACGCCUUCCUUCCAUCCCUCUGGGCACCAUGAGCUCGGUGUCACCAUCGAAAACUGAGAAAGAGAAACACCUUCAAGAGGUGGUCCAAAGGUAUCACAAUCGACUGGCAGACCCACAGCCACAGGAUAAUACAGUAACUCAGAAAAUCAGGCCUAGGGGCGAUGACCUGAAGCAGGGGUCCCUUGCCUCCUUUGAGCUUCAUGUCAGCCACAGAGGCUGGAAGAGAAACACAGAAGGGACAGACUCUGAUGUGGAAUGUAUUACAGACACUAAAAUUAUGAAGAAGUCUCCACAGAAGAAAGCAAAGCCUCAGCAGCCCAGACGUCCAGCCACCCUGCCAGAAAACGUCAGCUCAGCCCAGAGGUCCCAGGUUUUAGAUAACAGUGACACUGAGGUCUCAUUGAAACAAGAAAAAAAGGACAUUUCUCUUAUGAAAAAAGAAAAACAAGAGCCGAGCAGUGAUACUCCAGAAAGAAAGAGAAACUCUUCAUUGCCUAACCGGGAGAGUCUCGGCUUGUUUUUGCACAGUGCACAGGUGGAAGGUUUAAGUCCACGUUCAGGACACGGCACCAGCUUCUCUGUGAGGGGUAGUUGUCACGUUGCAGAUUUACCAACAAAGUCUUCUCCAAGCACAUCUGUCAAGGAAACUGUAAGAAAACUGGUGUCGAAUUUAAGGGAGAUUCUUCUAUACUUUUUCCCUGAGUAUCAGCUACCAUCAGAAUUUGGCUACACAUCUGUCGAGGAACUUGCGGCAAGUUUUGAGCUGGAGCAAUGCCCAGAGCAGACAAAUAGAAAGCUGAGAAUGUGCUUCAACCAGAUCAAGAAUGUUUACAUGGUCCAAUAUGAAAGAGAACUAAAGAGAAAAAUGCAGUCCAUUAUCUAUGAUGCAAAUCGAAGAGGAGUGGCUAAUGAAGUAUCUCUGGGACAAUGUGAAGAAAAAAGAAAAAUUACUGAAGAUAAACUGAAUAAUCUUCGGGUAAAACUGACAGUACUAUUGCAGAAACUCCAGCUGGGCAGUCCAGCAGGAGACCGGGAGCAGAUUGACAGGUACUUAGAAGCUUUGCUUCAAGAAGAUAAUCCCCUUUUCCAGAAAGCUUUAAAUAAAGUGACUACAGAUGCCGGACAUGGUCUCCCUUUAGAAAGGAACUGA